AUGAUCGACAAUUUUAGUGAAGUCAUAUCAAUAGUAUAUCUAAGUAUAAGUCCAGAUGUCGUUGAUAAAGUUUGCAGAAGCGCUUUUCUGCUCUGCAUUGUCAUAAAUUUCACAUUCUAUCUAUGCGUAGCGCAGCGGUCUCAGGAACCCACACAUGAGCUCGAUCCUCGCAAGCCUUCCAUCCCUCUGAUAGAUGAACCGAUGUCUUGUGAUCUGGGAAAGUUCGACAAUCUGAAGAAGAUAGGAGAAGGUACAUAUGGUGUUGUUUUCAAAGGAGUUCACAGGAAAUCGGGAAAACUCGUGGCGCUGAAGAAAAUCAGCCUUGAGCGAGACAACGAAGGUGUUCCUAGUACUUGUAUCAGAGAAAUCUGCCUACUUAAAGAUCUCAAUCACCGAAAUAUUGUGCGGCUUUAUGACGUCAUCCACUCUGGUAUGCAGCUGUACCUGGUGUUCGAGUUUAUCGAUCGAGACUUGAAGAGUCUUCUGGAUAGUUUACCAGGAAAACGUUUGCCAUUGAAGCACGUAAAGAGCUUUUUAUGGCAACUAUUGCAAGCCCUUGCAUAUUGUCAUACACGGCGGGUUCUGCACAGAGAUUUGAAGCCUCAGAAUCUUCUUGUGAAUAACAGCGGCGUCAUAAAGCUGGCCGAUUUCGGACUUGCUAGAAAUUUCUCCAUUCCUAGUCGCGUAUACACUCAUGAGGUCGUUACACUUUGGUACCGAGCUCCAGAGGUUGUCUUCGCUUUAACAUUCUCUUUUUUGAUUCUACUGGGAAGUCGUUACUAUUCAACAGCGAUUGACAUAUGGAGUCUGGGAUGUAUUUUCUCUGAGAUGAUGUCUGGAAGUGCUCUGUUUGCUGGCGACUCAGAAAUUGAUCAGUUGUUUCGGAUUUUCAGAAUACUUGGCACACCAACACCUGAGAUGUGGCCGGGAGUCGAGAAGUUACAAGACUACAAGAGAACAUUUCCGAGGUGGUCUUUCAAUGCUCAAGCUCUUACUGCUGCCACAGACCCGAUGACUGAAGAUGGCGUGGACCUUCUUAAGGAAAUGAUUCGAUACCCACCCGAAUCUCGCAUUACGGCAAAGACAGCGCUAGGCCAUCGGUAUCUACGAGAUGUAGUUCUUCAACCACCUGAAGUUACACCUCUUCUUCCUACGCCGGGUUCAUCCGGCUCUCGAAAGGAAUGUGCUAUCGGGUCCCACGAUCUAGAGCUCUGA